AACAACAUUAACUAUUAACAUAAAUUUUUCUUUCUUUUCUUUCUUCACUUGCAAUUCUUGGGGGGUUGUUGUGCAAAAUGCACUAUACUCAUUCCCCACCAACCUAACCCUUUUAUUAUACUUUGCAAAUCAUUACAACCGUGUUCCCUACAAACAAUCUCUUUCUUCCAUUAUGAUUUCACAUAUUUUUUCAAAUUAAAUGACUCUGUAAAACUGUAACACACUUCUCUUUGGAACCAUUCUCUAUUUUCAUUUUCCCUUCAAGAAUGGCUGCUAACAUAAAUUUAGCUCCUUCAUCUAUGUCCGCCACAAGGAGGUUCCAUUUUUCUUCAUCUUCUUCUUGUUCCUUGGCACCCCAUUUGAGUUUUAGAAGGACCAAGUUGGGAUUUGAAUCCAAAAUCCCAUCUUUAGUACUGAAAGGAUGGAGAAGAACAGAGAAUUUGGAGAGCAAGAAAAGGAAAGAACAAGAACAUCAACAAUGGAGGAGUACCAGUACCAAUGUGAGGUGCACUGCAGAGGGAAUAGAUGGAGGCAUGUUCAUUGGAAAAAGAGCCAAAGAAGAAGGUGUUAGGAUUCCAGAGAGGUUUAAGGUGGUGAGUUUGGUGGCAUGUGUUAUGUGUCUUUGUAAUGCUGACAGGGUUGUUAUGUCUGUGGCGGUUGUUCCUCUUGCUUCAAAAUAUGGAUGGUCAAGUUCUUUUCUUGGCAUUGUUCAGUCAUCAUUCUUGUGGGGAUACAUAUUCUCCUCUGUGGUUGGAGGAGCUUUGGUGGACAGGUAUGGAGGGAAAAGGGUGCUGGCAUGGGGUGUUCUUUUGUGGUCUCUGGCAACUCUUCUUACCCCUUUGGCAGCCAACCACUCCACAACAAGCUUAUUGGCAAUUCGCGCCUUCUUCGGCCUAGCUGAAGGAGUGGCGCUUCCAUCCAUGAGCACUCUCAUGUCGAGUUGGUUCCCAAGUAAUGAGAGGGCGAGUGCAGUUGGAAUUUCAAUGGCUGGAUUUCAUCUUGGCAAUGUUAUAGGCUUGUUGCUCACACCAAUUAUGUUGUCCACUAUCGGAAUCUCCGGUCCUUUUAUCUUAUUCUCCUCUCUUGGGUUGCUCUGGGCGACAACAUGGGCGUAUCGAGUUACAGAUGAUCCUCAAGAAAGUAAUUUAUGGCUGAAAUUGAGGGAGCUGAGCAAAAAUCUGAUUUAGGCUGAAAAAGGACUGCUGAGGCUGUUGGAUUCUGACCUCCCUGCACUCGAAAUGGAUUUUCUGGAGCUACAGGAGUUCAAUUGGCGCGCUCUCAACGGCGUUGGAAAGUAGACAUCCAGGGUUUCCAGCAAUAUAUAAUAGUCCAUACUUUGCGCGAAGAUAGACGACGUAAACUGGCGUUCAACGCCAGUAUCAUGCUGCUGUCUGGCGUCCAGCGCCAGAAACAGGUUACAAGUUGGAGUUCAACGCCCAAAACACGUCACAACCUGGCGUUGAACGCCCAAAACAGCCCAGGCACGUGAGAAGCUUAAGUCUCAGCCCCAGCACACACCAAGUGGGCCCCAGAAGUGGAUUUCUGCACUAUCUAUCAUAGUUUACUCAUUUUCUGUAAACCUUAGUUAUUAGUUUACUAUUUAAACAACUUUUAGAGACUUAUUUUGUACCUCAUGACAUUUUAGAUCUAAAAUUUGUACCUUUUGGCAGCAUGAGUCUCUAAACUCCAUUGUUGGGGGUGAGGAGCUCUGCAGC